UGCGCCUGUCCCGCGGCUGCCGGUGCUCCCGGUACCGCUCCCGCCCCGCAGCAUCAUCACCUCUGGUCACAGGCGUUAGAAUCGCCCGAGGGUGGCAGCUGGAAGGGCCGUUACUAAAAAGAGUCACAGAACGGUGGCAGUAUACGUGAGUGAUGGAGCUGGAAGACCUGAGAAAUGAGAUUGAGAAGAGACAGAGCAAAAAUGGCACCAAGCUCCUGGAGACCUCGACAGAGGGGCAAGAGGAGAAGAGCCAGCAGCUGGAUGUGAGGAGCACGGUCAGCAGGUGUGAGAAAGUGAGUUUGCAGCUGCCUGGGGCUGCAGCUGAGGCAGAAGAGCGAGUGGGUCCCAGCUCCUGGCGCAGCAGCAUCCUGAAGGACACGCUGAGGAGGCUCCGAGCCAUCGUGACCCUGGACCCCGACACCGCUCACCCCGAGCUCAUCCUGUCUGAGGACUGUAAGAGCGUGAGGAGAAGAGGGGGCUUGAGCCCCCAGGAGCUCCCUGACUCGCCCCAACGCUUCGAGUACUGGCCCUUCGUGCUGGGCUGGCCGGGCUUCGCGGGGGGGAGGCACUGCUGGGACGUGGAGGUGGGUGAGGCCGGGGAUUGGGCAGUGGGGGUGGCUCGAGAGUCAGUCCCAAGGAAAGGGAGGCUCAGCCUCUCCCCUCAAGGUGGGAUUUGGGGGGUGGAGAAGUGGGGGGGACAGAUCCGAGCCCUGACCCCCCGUAAGGUGACGCUGGUGCCCCUGAGGUGGGUUCCACGCAGGGUCAGUGUCCACCUGGACUAUGCUGGGGGGUCUGUGGCCUUUUUUGAUGCAGAGGAGGGGGGGCUCAUGUUCCUCUUCUCACGUGCUGCCUUCACUGGGGAGAGGGUCCGGCCCUGGCUCUGGGUGGUGGGGGCCAAAUCCCACCUCAGGCUCAGACCCUGA